GCCUUGAGAGGAAGCAGGAUGGCAGCAGGGGCAGCGGCCGGAGCCUGGGUGCUGGUCCUCAGUCUGUGGGGGGCAGUAGUAGGCAGUCGCAACAUCACAGCCAGGAUUGGAGAGCCACUGGUGCUGAAAUGUAAAGGGGCCCCCAAGAAACCACCCCAACAACUGGAAUGGAAACUGAACACAGGCCGGACAGAAGCUUGGAAGGUCCUGUCUACCCAGGGAGACACCUGGGAUAGUGUAGCUCAUAUCCUCCCCAAUGGCUCCCUCCUCCUUCCUGCUGUUGGGAUCCAGGAUGAGGGGACUUUCCAGUGCUGGGCAAUGAGCCGGAAUGGGAAGGAGACCAAGUCCGACUACCGAGUCCAAGUCUACAAGAUUCCUGGGAAGCCAAAAAUUAUAGAUCCUGCCUCUGAACUCACAGCUGGUGUCCCCAAUAAGGUGGGGAUCUGUGUGUCCGAGGGGGGCUACCCUGCAGGGACUCUUAGCUGGCAGUUGGAUGGGAAACCCCUGAUAUCUGAUGGAAAAGGAGUGUCUGUGAAGGAAGAGACCAGGAGACACCCUGAGACAGGGCUCUUCACAGUCCAGUCGGAGCUGAUGGUGACCCCAGCCCUGGGAAGAACUCCCUGCCCUACCUUCUCCUGUAGCUUCAGCCCUGGCCUGCCCCGGCGCCGAGCUCUGCACGCAGUCCCCAUCCAGCCCAGUGUCUUGGAGUCUGUGCCCCUGGAGGUCCAAUUAGUGGUUGAGCCAGAAGGUGGAGCAGUAGCUCCUGGUGGAACUGUGACCCUGACCUGUGAAGCCCCUGCACAGCCUCCACCUCAGAUCCACUGGAUCAAGGAUGGCAUGCCCCUGUCUCUGCCCCCCAGCUCCAUGCUGCUCCUCUCUGAGGUAGGGCCUCAGGACGAGGGAACCUACAGUUGUGUGGCCACCUAUCCCACCCACGGGCCCCAGGAAAGCCCUGCUAUCAGCAUCAGCAUCAUCGAAACAGCUGAGGAGGGGCCAACAGCAGGCUCCGUGGGGGGACCAGGGCUGGGAACUAUAGCUCUGGCCUUGGGGAUCCUGGGAGGCCUGGGGACAGCCGCCCUGCUCAUUGGAAUCAUUGUGUGGCAAAGGUGGCGACGCCAAGGAGAGGAGAGGAAGGCCUCGGAAAGCCAGCAGGAGGAGGAGGAACGUGCAGAGCUGAAUCAGUCAGAGGAGCCUGAGGUAGCCAAGGACAGUGCAGGAGGGCCUUGAGAGGCCCACACCAGACCUCAGCCACCAGGUCCCUUUCUCUUUUCCUUUCACUGUUCUGGCCUCAACCCAGCUCUCCCCUGUACCAUCCCUACCCCAACUCACCAAACUUCCUUCCACAACUAGGGCCCCCCACAAACAAUGACAAGUAAACACCUGACACAU